AUGGGUAUUCAAAAGAAGCAUGGCAAAGGUCGUCUCGACAAGUGGUAUAAAUUGGCCAAGGAGAAGGGAUACAGAGCCAGAGCUGCGUUCAAACUGAUCCAGCUGAAUAAGAAGUAUGGGUUCUUAGAAAAGAGCAAGGUCCUGCUGGAUCUUUGCGCUGCUCCUGGAUCGUGGUGUCAAGUUGCUGCGGAGACGAUGCCAGUGAGCAGUCUAAUUAUCGGCGUGGAUCUUUCCCCAAUUAAACCAAUCCCACGAGCUAUAACCUUCCAAAGCGAUAUCACCACUGAUAAAUGUCGGGCUACGAUUCGGCAACAUCUAAAGACCUGGAAAGCGGAUACCGUUCUUCACGAUGGCGCUCCCAAUGUGGGUACGGCCUGGGUGCAAGAUUCUUUCAAUCAGGCAGAAUUGGUGUUGCAGGCAAUGAAGCUGGCUACGGAAUUUCUGGUCGAAGGAGGAACUUUUGUUACCAAGGUCUUCAGGUCGAAAGAUUACAACAGUCUUCUCUGGGUCUUCAAUCAGCUAUUCACAAAGGUUGAAGCGACGAAGCCUCCAUCGUCAAGAAACGUCUCCGCCGAGAUCUUCGUCGUCUGUCGUGGAUUCAAAGCGCCUAAAAAGAUCGAUCCCAAAUUUCUGGAUCCCAGAUCCGUCUUUGCCGAGUUGUCGGACCCCACGCCUAACAAUGAAGCAAAAGUGUACAAUCCGGAGAUUAAGAAGCGGAAGAGGGACGGUUACGAGGAAGGGAAUUACACUCAAUUCAAGGAAGUGACAGCUAGCGAAUUCAUCCAGACUAUAGAUCCUAUAGAGAUUCUUGGUAGCAAGAAUAAGUUAAGUUUUGAACAACCACCAAAUGGCGACGUCGCUCUGGCUGCUCUCGAUAAAUUGCCGGAGACGACACAAGAGAUCCGUGACUGUUGUGCGGAUCUCAAGGUGCUUGGAAGGAAGGAAUUCAAAACUCUUUUGAAGUGGCGAUUAAAAGUUCGGGAAAAGUUUGGCUUUGCUACAAAGAAGUCUGCCAAAGCUGCUGAGGACGAAGAGGUGGCUGAUGUCGAGUCUAUAGACGAGGAGUUGAAGAUCCAGGAAGAAUUACAGGCGCUGACCGACAAGGAAAAAGGCCGCAGGAAGCGUGAAAAGCGGAAGGAGAAUGAGAAGAAGCAGAGGGAGAUAAUACGGAUGCAACUCAACAUGACUGUUCCCACGGAAAUUGGUCUUGAGCAAUCCAGUGGAGACCACACGAUGUUUGCCUUAAAGCCGAUCGACAAGACAGGCGCUGUGGACAAGAUUGCAAAAGGCAAGAUGGGUAUCCUCAAGGAAUCCGAUCGCAAGGACGAUGACGGGUUUGGAUCUGGAGACACGGACGAGGAGAGUGAUGAGGAGCAAGACCAGCUGGACAGAGAAAUGGAUUUUAUGUAUGAGCAAUACCAGGACCGGAAAUCUAGCUCCGAUGCGAAGUUCCGCGCGAAGAAGGCACGAAAGGAGCACGAAGAUGGCGAUUGGGAUGGCUUCUCGGCAGAUGGCCAUGGCAGUGACGACGGAGAUAAGCUUGAGGAGGAUUCUAGCGACGAUUCGUCGGACGAGGAGAUGCCUUCGAAACGCUCGUUAUUGACAGAUUUGCAACGCGCCGACAAAAAAGCUGGCGGUCUAUCUAGACGUGCCACGCAAUUCUUUGACCAAGAUAUCUUUAAGGAUAUAGGAGGGAUACCUGAGGAAGCAGAGCCCGAGGACGAGUUGGAAGAAGGAGAUGAAGAGAUAGCUGAAGAUCUUGAAGCUUUGGACUCGAUGAUGCAAAAGGACGUUGCCGAGGCAGAACCUGAUUCCGAGUCUGACGUCCCGGACGCUGACGAAGCUGAGGAGGGUGAAAGCUCGGAUGAGGACGAGGGUGGGUUUGAGGUUGUGAAGGCGGCCAAAGACACACAGUGGGAGGAGGAGCCUCGUAAAGAUGGCAGAUUAGACAUCGACAUUAUAACGGCUGAAGCCAUGACCCUCGCUCAGCAAAUUGCCUCGGGCCAGAGGACCACUCAAGACCUCAUCGACGAGGGUUUCAACAAAUACACCUUCAAAGACCGUGACGGUCUUCCCGAGUGGUUCCUAGAUGACGAGGGGCGUCACGACAAACCCCAUCGCCCUAUCAGCGCCGCGGGCGCAGCUGCCAUUAAAGAGAAACUACGUGCUUUGAACGCCCGACCUAUCAAGAAAGUACGUGAAGCCAAGGAUAGGAAGAAGUUCAAGGCAGCACAGCGACUAGAGAAGAUGCGGAAGAAGUCGGCGCUGCUACUAGACGAUGAGGGCCUGAAUGAGAAGGAUAAGGCGUCAAGUAUUGUGAAGUUGAUGAAGGGGGCAACGAAGAAGAGGCCCAAACGGCAGGUUAGUGUCGUGGUUGCGCGUGGCGGCAAUAGAGGUAUUGCUGGAAGACCUAGGGGCGUUAAGGGGAAGUAUAAGAUUGUGGAUGCUAGGUUGAAGAAGGAUGUUAGGGGUGAGAAGAGGGCUGCGAAGAAGAGGAAGUGA